UCCACCUAUUAAAGGUCGUAGAGGAGGUACACUAGAUUCGGUAAUCACUUUAUUGUAAAUUUAUAAUCUUCAUUUCGAUUAUGGUAAUUAUUGAAUGCCCAUGUCGAUUAUAUCCUCUUCUCUACUGGUUCCUAUAAUGGAUGCUAUUAGUAUCAUUCAGAACCAUCCGACCAGUAAGGGUCGAGUUACACAUUUCUGUUGCUCUCUUUCGGUGUUCCUGUCGCUGGUGUUUAUUGGUCCUUUCUCCUGGUUACUAAGUCAAGUUACAAGAUCAGUCAACAUAGUCCAUGGUGAAUAA